AUGUCAAAACCAAGCGAUGAAAAGAAGAUCACUUCCACUUCACAGUUUGGUGGGAAAUUGUCAGGGAAAGUGCCCGGUGAUCCCUUGGACUUUGAUUUGUUUGAUGCUGAAGGGUCACUGGAGUCCUUGUUCGGAAGCCUGAGCGGGGCAGCCUUGCUGGAGCAACUCUUGGUAUGGUUCCAGGGCGGUGAGCCUUUGGAUGUCCCAUGGUAUUCUGAGGAGAAUGCUCGGAACUUGAUUCGUCAUCCUAGUUCCCGAGAAAUUCAAGAAUCUACCGUUACUCGCUAUCAGAUCCGGAUCCUGUCUGAGGGUCUCAGCCAAGUUGUAUCAGGAGAAGCGCUGUGCAAGUACCGGACGGAGGACAAAUCUUUCCCCUUGCUGGCUCUGGGGUUCAACCACCGAGCAGAGGCUUUCUACCGUUGUGAUCGGGAAUCACCUGACAAUUCCUUCGUGAGGGAUGCGAGAGUUCGGGGAUUGCGACGGGUGAGGGUUCUCAAGGCUCAAACUCCGGACUUUGUCGCUAGCAAGAUCAUCAGCCUGCUCAAUCAGUUUCAUGCUGGCAGCUCUGAAAACCAUUUUGACAUCAUGGCGGAGGCCUUGCGUUUGGAGUCAGCGUGGAAAGCGGAGUGCCAUCUCACGAAGCUCAAUACGUACAAUCCGCGGUAUGGCCAAGCGUACGAUGAAUUUGUCAUGGCAAAGUCCAGUUCCAGUGACUACAACAAUUAUUUCCGUGCGAAACUGCAGUAUUACAAUGCUUUGGCACUAGCACACAACCUGCAGAACUUUGGCAUCUAUGAGAGGACAGAGUCAUGGGCCAAUGUGCCAGUUGGGCAGGCGCGGAAGGCUGCAGGGAGAGGCCUCACGUUUGCCUUUGCCAAGGGCGGCCAAGAAACCAGUCAGAUUAUGAAUCUGAUCAACUUGCCCAUGGACUCAUCAGCUGUUGUCAAGAAGAUGAUGAAGGGGUUGACUGCUGACCAGCAAAGCACUGCUGGUCCUAGUCCUGGUCCUGGUGCUGCAAACUCAGAGACCACAGCGGCCACUUCAAAAGAGGCUGCGCUGUUGCUAAAAGUCAAACAAGGUCUGGCUGAGAUCAAAUCCCUCAACAUCUCAUUGAAGGAGUCUGAAAUGAAGAAGUUGCCGCUCAAGCCCUGUGACGCAACCAAAGGCGUUGCAGAUGGUGAUGAUGAAGGGAAACCUUCAUCGUCAGAAAUGAAUGCAAAUGCCAAAGAAGAAGUGAAAACUUGUGAUGGUGAUGGUCCAACUGGCGGCGGGGUGGCUCAGGAUGGGCCUGAGGCAAAGCGACGUAAGUUCAGCAAGGUGGAACGGAAACGUGCAGCUUUCAAAGGCUAUGAAGCAGAGAAGGAAACCUUCAGUGUAAUGGCCACAUCAUCUACAGGGGACUGUCGGCCAAUCACUGCCCUUGAUGAUUUGCUGGCGGCAUUGAACUUUGUCUUGCGCAAGCUUCUUGAUGAGAAGGUGAUCACCGAUGAACAUGACCCAUCCAUCAUGGGCGCCUUUGGCUUUGUUGCAGGACUUUGGUUUGAAUUUGCCUUCCAAGGCAGGGUGUGUCUCAACGGGCGUGACUUCAGACAAUACAGCGCCCUUCGAACAGAGUUACAGCAGACUCUGAUUGACGCAACUGAGAAGAUUCAGAUCUCUGCUCCUGACGCACAGGAAGGAUCAGCCCAGGCAAAUCACUCUGGCUCUGGGAAGCGGCGUGGCCUUUCCCCACUGGAGUUGGCAGAAUUGCUCAGCCGUGACCAUUUGGAUACUCCUGUGACCAAGCUAGUUUGGGAUGAUGAGGAUCCAGAUGAGCGUGCCAUCAAGAGCAUUUGCACUGUGAUGACAACCAUGCAAGAGGCUGUGGUGAAGCCUUUGAAGAAUUUUGUCGCUCAAACAUUGCCUUUGCCACUUCUCAUGCAUGAAGCAGUACUACUUGGAAUCAAGCAAAUCCUUUCUGUCCUCAAUUCCAAGGAGCUUGACUUGAACGACAUGACGUCAAUGAUCAACUCAAUUCUUGAUGAGAAGUUGCCAGCUUCUUGGCAGAACUUUGUCUUCAACGUUGCUUCAACAUAUGGGGACAAGGGGCACUUCAUUGAGCGGACUGACGAGGUGUUCAAAGAUGUGGAUCGACUUCAAAAGUGUGCGUCUCUACGUGUCAAGUACUUGCUCAAUAUCUUGCAUGAAGUCAUUUCAGCCACCAAGGGCAUGCCAGAAGUGCAGGCAAAUCUGAAGAUCCCAAGCACCACAGAAAGCCUCCUCCAGAAGCUGACCAACCUGGCCAUGGAUUCACAGGUCUUUGAGCUUCUUGUGGUGUUUGAUGCGAUCCAGUUCAACCAGUUCUGGGCUAGAGAAUGGGCUUUCACGGCAGCAGCUAAGACUCACCAUGAUGAAGGUGCGCCCGGAGCAGGCAGCGACAACAAGAAUGGCAAUGAAAACCCAGAGAAGAAGGCGAACGGCGACGUGGACAAGGAUCAGCAAAAGAGUGGGGCAGCAAGUGGAUCAACCUCAGAGGCUUCAGGCACCUUGAGUCUUACAAGAGUCAACUCCUACAAGGAUGAUGAGCGAGUUGCCAACGAGAAGUUGUUGGAAUCCUCAAACCAAGCGCUUGAAAUGAACCUCACUGAUGAGACCAUGGAUUCGAUUUUUGGGAAGGUUCUUGAGCGCAAACUCGAAGUGCUUCAUUGGCAAAUGCACCAAGUGUUGGCAGUUGGCUCAGAUCAGGUUCUCAUCAAUUUGGCCAACAAGAAGGACUUUGUGCGUGUGAAGCUGCCUGUGAAUCAUGGACGGUUGCAAAUGCCAUAUUCUGGGAAUGUCAGUGUCACAAAUUCCAGGGGAUCCUAUCUGUUUGCCAAUGUCUUCGGCUUGAACUUUUUUGUUCAGCCAAGAUCAGAUGGGCUCAACUCUGACAUUUUGGUACCUGCAUGGUCAGCCAAGCAGGUUGCCAAAUCCUCUGAUGCGAACUUUGAACAAACGAAUGUUGUGUCAAAGUUCAUGGCUUACAUUGAGCAUGGCCAGCAGCUCACGUCCAUUUCUUUCGUCCUGGUGCCUGACAAAGAUCGCCUCGCUUGUGUGGUACAGAAGGAGAAAGACAUCAAAGCAGCUGGUGGUUCUGUUUGUUGGGGUGAAGCCCACAUGAAGAUCCUCAAGCCCAUUGAUAACUUGAUGGACAAGUUGCAGCAAGAUCUGGACAAGCAGAAAGAGAAGGCGGAGAAAACGGCGAAGCUGCUCGUUCAGUCUGCAUCUAAGAAGAGACAGGCAGUUGAGAACAAGGAGAACAAAAAGAAACGAAAGCAAGCGCAGCAAAGUGAGGAUCCAUUGGCACAAGUCAAGCUGGACAAAGAAAAUGCAGAGGCAGAGCUGAAGAAGCUUCAGCACAGUGCGGAGGAGGACAAACAUAUCCAAGAAGCGCUUGACAAAGCUCUUGCUUCUUGCAAGAUGCCUGAGACAAUCCCAAUCAACGUUUGUGUUGCCUCAGCCAUUGUACCAGUUGACAAAAGUGCCAGGUCUGAGGCUAUGAUGGCUGCGCUCCAGAAAGCAAAAAACAAGUUGGCCACUGCCAACACUACCUCUGGAAAGGAGGAAGGUGCUAUGGAGGAGUCAGCUUCUUCUUUGGAAGUUGGUUUGCAG